AAGCAUUUGAAUUUCAUUCAUUCGCACUUUACAAGAUGAGUGGAGGAGGAGGAGCUGGUGGUGGCGGUGGCGGUGGCGGUGGUGGCAGUGGAGGAUCUCAUUCGGUGGCGUUUCGUGUGAUGAGGCUAUGCCGCCCUUCCUUCAACGUCGACCCUCCUCUUCGCCUCGACCCCGCCGACCUCUUCGUCGGUGAAGACCUCUUCGACGAUCCCGCCGCCCCCGCCGUCGAUUCCCUUAUCGCCCCCGAUUCCGAUCCCAACUAUCGCAACCGCUUCCUCCUUAACCAUUUCUCCGAUGCGCUCGGCCUCUCUGGCCUCCUCGUUCUCCCUCAGUCCUUCGGUGCCAUUUACUUGGGAGAAACUUUCUGUAGCUAUAUUAGCAUUAACAAUAGCUCCAAUUUUGAAGUCAGAGAAGUGAUUAUCAAGGCUGAAAUCCAAACAGAGAGACAGAGAAUACUUCUUUUAGACACAUCAAAAUCACCAGUUGAGACGAUACGUGCUGGUGGGCGUUAUGAUUUUAUCGUGGAACAUGAUGUUAAAGAGCUUGGACCUCACACGCUGGUCUGCACUGCAUUGUACAAUGAUGGUGAUGGUGAGCGCAAAUAUCUGCCCCAAUUUUUCAAGUUCAUUGUUGCUAAUCCACUUUCUGUUAGGACAAAGGUCCGUGUUAUCAAGGAAACUACCUUUCUGGAAGCUUGUAUUGAAAACCAUACAAAAUCAAACCUUUUCAUGGACCAAGUUGAUUUUGAACCUGCUCAGUAUUAUAGUGCAACAACACUUAAAGGUGAUGGGCACCAUUCUGAGAAAGAUAGUUCUGCAAGGGAGAUAUUUAAGCCGCCAAUUCUAAUAAGAUCUGGUGGAGGAAUUUACAACUAUCUUUAUCAAUUAAAAUCGUCAUCGGAUGGUUCUGUUCAAACUAAAGUUGAGGGCAGUAAUGUUCUUGGUAAACUCCAGAUAACAUGGCGAACAAAUUUGGGUGAACCUGGUCGCCUGCAGACCCAGCAGAUAUUGGGAACUCCGACAACAAAGAAAGAGAUUGAGUUGCAAGUUAUAGAGGUUCCAUCUAUCAUUAACCUUCAAAGACCAUUCAAGCUAAAACUGAAUCUUACAAACCAGUCAGAGAGAAAUCUGGGCCCCUUUGAAGUUAGCUUAUCCCAAAAUGGUUCUUCUGGGGAGAGAGUUGUUGUGAUUAAUGGCCUUCAAACGAGGGUUUUAUCACAGGUUGAAGCUUUAGGAUCCACAGAUUUCCACCUGAAUCUCGUAGCUACUAAACCUGGAAUUCAGAGAAUUACGGGUAUUACAGUGUUUGAUACUAAAGAGAUGAAAUCUUAUGAACCACUUCCUGAUCUAGAGAUUUUUGUGGACAUAAAUUAAAAAGUGUGGUCACUGCUACGAGUUUGGUCAGAAAUGGUCGACAGUGGUAUCUUUUCAGAAGGUUGAUCUGCUGUUUUCCGCUGGUCAUGUUCUGUAACGUUGAUGUGCCUAAUCAGAUCAACCUAGUCUCUAACGGGUAAACUCUCUGGUGCCCCUAGGCUUAGAUUCUCUUACAGGUAGGGCCAACGAAUCCUAGAUGAUCAUCAAAGACCUAUUGGACUAAUUGCAAAAUUCUUUAACUAAAUUGGAGUAAUGGGUGGUUGUAAGAGGCAUAGUCCUUAGUAUUUUUGGUUUAAGGCUUGGUUGCUUUGGUUGUCAUUAAAUUUCAAUCCCUUGUUACAUCACAGUUUCUCAUAUUGUAGGUCAACUAUGAUGAUGUCUCUAAGUACUGUAAAUUUAUUAUGAAAAAAAAAAAACUUCAUUAUGGGUUAUAAACAUUGGCUCAUACUGAUCAAUUCAUAUGGUGAACCAUUUCAUA